GUCCGUCGGAACCCUGACACCAUUGCCGUGUCCCUCACUUUUGCUCUCAUUCUCUUUGUUUCUCAUUCUGUUUCUCCAGAAGAUCCAAAGCCCCGGACCGUCUGUCCUUCCGGCAGCUUUGCCAUGAAAGAGCAAAGCCAGUGGUAUUGCUACAAGUUCUACGAAGAGUUGUUCACCUUUCAAGAGGCGGAGGAAGAGUGUCAGUUCAAAUGCAAAGGUCAUUUAGCCUCUUUCAUGAGUGACAACCAGGCAAAAUACAUCAAUGCCUACGUCUCCAAGGAAAACCUAGAAAAUAAGUGGGUCUGGAUUGGGCUCCAACGAGUUUCAACAUCCAAUCUGGUGAGUACUCGGUCCUCCUGUCUCUGAGCAAGUCGCAGAUGUUUCCAUACGGAUAUUUCUUGAGUAGUGGUUUACGUCGUCCUCGAACAGCCCAUCAACCACCUUCCGUCUCCAUUCCCUGAUGUCAGUUU